UCCAUAAGGAAUGUUGACUUUAGGUAAAUUAAAUUAUGAGUGGUGUCAUAAGCCAUAAAAGUCACACCCAACUGGAAAUCUAGGAAAUAUUAAAUCUUAACGAGUUUCAUCGUUACUCUGGCUGUCAUUUAGAAAAUACAAAUCACAUCUGUUGCAUCCUGCACGAUUCGUAUGCUAAUGGCUACACGCAAUACAAUGAUUUUACUGAGUUUUAUAACUAUAAUAACACGAGUUUGCAUUGUGCUAAGCUUUAACAAUUUUACCAUUGAAGUUAACGAAAUACCACAGAAUAUAAUAGAGAACUGCAUAAUAGACAUAUUAACAUCAAAAACACAGUUUAAGUCCAUAGUAACUGUGAUUAACACUGACGCUGUAUCGAACAGAUUUCUUCAGCAGAUCCAUUCAAUCAAUAAUGUUAAUAUCUGCAUAAAAGACGUAAAUGCAUCGAUCAAAGUAGUACCCACAAUUUAUUUAAUACAUGUCAAUGAUGGGAUAGAAUUUGAGGAUCUUCUUGACGAUCUAGACAGGGAUUGGAAUCGCGAACCUGAGGCUUUAUUCAUCGUAAUAGUGAAAAGUAACCCUGAAGAUUAUAAAGAGUGUGUUGCAGCAGUAUUCAGAUCGUUAUGGGAGUAUCAUUUAAUACACGUGCUUGUAAUCGUUAAGUACAUGGACAAUGAUGCAUCAGUUUACACUUACUUCCCUUAUGCGGAAGGCCGGUGUGGUCGAGACUACAGCACUCUGGUCCAGCUGUGCGACUGCAGCAGUGUGGGAGAAGUGGACGUCGUUGGCAAACUACGCGAAUAUGAUACACCUGUUUUAGACAACUGCACAUUGGACGUCGCAAUCCGUCAUUAUCCUCCUUUAGUCUUCUGCAGUCCUGUGACGAAGAAUUUAAAUAUUGGUGCCGAUAAGCUAAAUGUUGGCGUCGAACGAUUUCUCAUUGAACUUUUAUUUGAAAGAAGGAACAUUUCCUUGAAUUACACGUGUUUGCUCGAGACAGAAAAUGCUGGAUAUAUUUCAGAUAAUUUUACGUUUAGUGGCAUCGUAGGUAAACUGUACGAGAAUGAGUUCGACUUGAUAUUUGGUGGAUUAAGUUUGAACACUAGACGAGUAAAAUUCUUUGACUACUUGUGUUUUCAUUUGGCAUAUGAAGAUAUGUAUGUUACCGUGACGCACACAACGUCUUUAAUUGAAAGAUGGAAAAUAGUUUACUUGAUGUUUCAUGCCAAUGUUUGGAUUCUGUUAUUGUUCAUAAUGGUGUUUUGUGCAGUACUGCUUACAGAUUUUGGGAAUUUCUGGAUAAUUCAAGCAAGACAUACCAUAAUGACGGAGUUUCUAAAUCUUUUUGGGCAUGCUACUCAGAAUAUAAACUUAGUAAUGAGAAAAAAACUUUUCAAAAAUGUUUUAAUAAUAUGUUGGAUGUGGUUUAUUUUUUUCAUUAACUGUUUUUACCAGACAAGGUUGUUAAGUUUUACGAUAUAUCCUUUUCAUAAGCCGCAAUUAGACCAGUACCUUUCUUUGUACGACUACAAUUUAACUCCGUGUAUCCCAAUUGACAUAGUAUCAUUUUUGAAAAAUGCCGGAAAUGUUGUUAUUAUAAAUGAUGAACGUAUGGAUACGAGCAAUUGUAAGACAGCUGAAAUGGCCUUGGAUGAAGUAGCAAAGAACAAAAAUAAAUACACAGUGGCAAUGUACUUUCAGUAUCUUUGGUGGCUUCGAAAUAAUCUGAAGCAAAAAGAGCGAGUUCAUCUGAUGAAGGAGAGUGUGUACAGUAAUAUUUAUGGGUUGUUUUUUAAGCGCGGUUUUCCGCUGCUGGAGUCGUUGAACUCGCUCAUGCUGCGUCUGCCGGAGCACGGGUUCGUGCAGGGCUUCAUGGACCUGCUUGGUUUCCCGCGUCAUUCGCGUCAACAACCAGCGGCCCGUGCUUCAUUCGAAGUACCCAAAACCCCUUUAAAACUGAAGGAUUUUCCCAUCGCUUUCGGCAUCCUCGCUACUGGUAUAGCUUUCUCGUUCAUGGCAUUUAUAAAAGAAAUCACGCACAAACGUAAACUUGGUGGUAGAAGAAAUGGGUUUAGAUCCUUUUUAAUGUGAUCGCCAAUCACAGGUUAUAAAGUUAAUGUUUACCGUCAACCGGGGUGAAUAGGGAUGGCGGGGUGAAUAAGGUCAAAAACCGGGAAUGAGGAUAAAAAUUACACUAUAAAUUUGCAUCAAUGUCAAAAUUAUGCUUAUCUUUUUAUCAUGAUCGUCAAACAUUACGUACUAAAAAUACAAAACAAAUUAAAAUAAUUUUCUCUCCCAAUAAGGAUCGUCAUAUAAGUAUGUAUAAACAAAAACAUGUCAAAAAUUGAUGUCGAUCUUAGCAAUUUAGAAUCAUCAUUAAAUGUCAAACAAUAUAAAGUAUCACAAAAGAAGUAAAUGUCAUUUUUAAAAUACAAUAAAUCAUUUGAAUCAUAAAUAAAAUUACAUAUAUAUAUCAUUACAAAUUCAAUUCCAUGAAGUCACUUAUAGAGUACAGAGGGUUAUCCAAAAAAAGGUUUCUCAAUUUGCGCUUAAAUGCUUCGUCACACGGCAAAUUUUUUAGGUCAACAGGUAGUUGUUCGUAGUAAGUUGGGCCAAUGACUCGAGGGUUCUUACUUGAAAGUGCCAUGCGACGGGGAAUUGUUCUCAGACGCCCUCUGCAGACGCUCUCUCUUUUAUGUCGCACUCUGAUAAUUUUUUAACAAACUAGGUACUUAAGUAACAUACACAAAUUGUAUCAUAAAAUCUACUAUUAUUUUACG